UGCCUAACUCAGCAAUGGAGUUCCGCGUGAACCUCUGUAUUCAUGUCAUUGCCGUUGUUGUGGCAGAGGUGUGGCGGCCCGCCCUGGCAGCACACCUAAUAGAACACACCCUUCGCUCGGCGUCAGAGUCAACCACAUCAUCGGUGGAGGUGAACGUGGUGGGGGGAGAGGAGGUGCAGCAUGGGGAGGUGCCCUACCUGGUAAGUCUGCAGGAUGUGCGAUGGACACCGACCCAGCCACGCCUUCUUUGCGGCGGCUCCAUCUAUGACGCCACCUCCAUUAUUACAGCUGCACACUGCGUCCAGCCCUUCGCCAGGAACUAUUUCGGGGUGGAGGUGGUUGCCGGUGAACACCGUCGCAGCGUCCAUGAUGGCAGUGAGCAAGUAAUGCAGGUGAAAGAUAUCCUCUUGCAUCCAGAAUAUGAUGCAAUAACAUUUAAGAAUGAUCUUGCCAUCAUCAUAUUAACAGAGCAACUGCAUUUCAACAAGUAUGUGCAACCCAUCCAGUUGCCUCCUGAGGGAGUGUCACUGCCUGGAGAGUGCAUGGUAGCUGGCUGGGGGCCUAAGGAAGAAGCUGGUGAGGAGGCAGACAUUCCUUACAAAAUAACAUUACCAAUAUGGUCUCAUGAUGACUGCAGCAAAACUUUAGAAGAAGUGUUUGAUGUUACUGAACAGAUGGUGUGUGCAGGGUAUGAGGAUGGUGGUGCAGGUGCCUGUGAGAGUGACUCUGGAAGUCCCCUCACCUGCUAUGCUGCCUCUGACUCAUACCUGGCUGGGCUAGUAUCCUGGCAGUUUGGAUGUGCCAGGCCCUUGCGUCCCACUGUCUACACCAAUUUAAUUUGGUUUGAAAAUUGGUUAAAGGAACCAAGAAUGAAUUCCACACAGAGUCAGACCUCAUGAGUAGGUCUCUCUCCAUGUCCCUCCUGAAAGUAACCAGUGCUUCAAACACCAUAAAAGAAAAAUAUAUAUGUAAGAUAUUCCUAUUGUUUAAACACUAAUAUGUGGCACAUGUGGCACUGCCUUAUUUGAGUAAUGAGAAUUUAAAAGAAAAUGCUCUUUUUGCUUGUAAGAUGUACUACAAACUUGAGCUGUAGCAAGCCCAAGCUCUUAGUUACAAAAGGGCAAUGAAAUAAUGAUAAAUUUUGACAGUUCCUAGAAGUGCAAAUCUUCAGGUAGAAACAGGUGAUCUUGACUUCUAUGAUGAACUCUCUCCUUUACUAUCCACCAAGAUUGAUAGAGUAACUGUAAUGAAAGACCCAAAAAAUAAUCUUGUGACCUGAUCAUCUUAUGCCUAAGAUAAGAAAAGUAAUGAGGAGUGGAGGUGGUGAAAGGGUUUUAGAAAGUUUGACCAAUUUAGAUAAGUACAGUACAUAAAGUUUCUAAUAUUCCAUAAGUUUUCCUGUAUUUCUUCUCAUGCAGUUUAGCACACUCACAUAUUGCAGUAAGUCUAUGGACAUGCAUGUGAUGUCACAAUGGAACAGUACAAAAGUGAGCAAGUAAUGUCCAUUUGGUUAGAAGCAAUGAGGGGUUCAGUUCACACUUGUGUAGUACAUUAACUUUUGUUUACUGAUUUUUUCUGUACCUUAACUAUAAUGAUUCACAUGUACUGUAUCAAUUCUUUUAGUGUUUUGCUUAAUUUAACAUUAUGCCUAUGAAUGUAACCAGCUUAACCAGCACAUACAUACAAAUGACAGAUUUAGGUGUAGGAAUGGAACAUCCUUUUCAUAUUCAAAGAAGCUUGCUGUUAGACUCCAUCAUUUAUUUUUACACUGGCAUCAAGAUCACAUAAAAAAUACAUAAAAAAGUGUCCAAACAGUUUUAUUCAAUGUUUUUAUUCAUACUUUAAUCUUAAUCAAAUUGAAAUCUACUCAACAAAGUUCUAAUGCAUCAUAUUUUACUUUCACUUGUCACUGCUAUUUCACUUUGUGGGAGAUAUCAGCCUGGUGUAUAGACAGAUUGAAAUAUAUGAACAAUAUAAUAUGUAUCAAAAGCAAACAAAAUAAAGAGAAAUAUACAAGCUUAAAAAUGUGCAUAGAGAGGUUAGCUCACUGUAAGUUUGUGGAGGAGUUUGCCUCAUGCUUGCAUCUAAAGAUCAACUAACUCUUCAACCUCCACUAAGCCUUGGAUGUCAAUAGACUAGAGACAGCAUAACUUUUAUAUUUGCAGGGUUACUUAACAGAAAACACAAAAAAUUCUUGCUGCUCCACUUAAAACCAUCCUUGUACUUUGAAUAAUCUCUAUAAAAAAAAAAAAAAAAAAAUAAAUAAAUAAAAUACAAAGCUUUAUGACCUGACAAGUUAAGUAAUA